CCAACACCCCUAUCCUGAGGUGGUGGCUCAAGAAGUUCAAAGGAGAGUUAAUGAAUCUGUGACGAGGAGAAGACUAUUGGCAGGGACGACAGAGAAAGACGAAUGCCUUACCGGAAACCCGAUCGACGACUGCUGGAAGUGCGACCCUGACUGGUCAAACAACCGCCAGAAACUGGCGGACUGCGCGAUAGGGUUCGGCGUAGGCGCGAUGGGCGGAAAAGGGGGGAAAUUCUACCUGGUCUCCGACUCGUCGGAUCUAGACGUCAUGAACCCGAAACAGGGGACUCUCCGUCACGCGGUGAUCCAAACGGAGCCGCUUUGGAUCGUAUUCUCAGCGGACAUGACGAUCAACCUGAAACACGAGCUGAUCUUCAACAGCUACAAGACGGUCGACGGCCGCGGCGCGAACGUGCACAUCACCGGAAACGGCUGCAUAACUAUACAGUACAUCACCAACGUGAUCAUCCACAACGUCCACAUAUACCACUGCCUUCCGUCGGGGAACGUUCAAAUACGGUCGAGUCCGACGCACGUCGGGUGGAGGGGGAGAUCGGACGGCGACGGCAUAUCCAUAUUCAGCUCGACGAAAAUCUGGAUUGACCACUGCGAUCUGUCGAACUGCACGGAUGGGCUGAUCGACGUGAUAAUGGGGUCCACCGCGAUCACCAUCUCCAAUAGCUACUUUACCCACCACGACGAGGUCAUGCUGCUGGGUCACGUUGAUGGGAACGUGCCCGACUCCGGAAUGCAGCGUUCAAUCACUUUGGGGAAGGAUGCGUGCAAAGAAUGCCAAGGUGCCGAAGAGGAUACAUUCACGUGGUCAACAAUGACUAUACCGAGUGGCAAAUGUAUGCCAUCGGCGGUAGCGAUCACCCCACCAUCAACAGCCAAGGCAACCGCUAUGUUGCACCCCUUGACGUUAACGCAAAAGAGGUGACAAAGCGGGUUGAGACAGACGAAACGGAGUGGCAAAAAUGGGAUUGGAGAACGGAGGGGGACAUGUUGGUCAACGGAGCUUUCUUCGUUCCCUCCGGCGACGGUCUCAGCAACGAGUACACCAAGGCCUCCAGUUUCGACCCUCACUCCGUCCUUUUCAUCGGCCAACUCACCGGUAACGCCGGCGUCCUCCCUGCACCUCCCACCAGAACGCCUCUAUCUUUUGUUAGCGGGACAACCAUUGGCGGAAAUAGUAACGGCAGUGGUCGAACAACAACGGGUGCUAACGGCAAUGGCUAUGUGAGGCCCACCACCAAUACUGAUCACCCAAUCGGAUGGUUCGAUUAUAACGGGGCUCCACGUGUCACAUCCCCUCCUCCUAUUGCAACGACCAUUUUCUUCUUCCCUCUUCUACUUAUUUUAUACAAUUUGUAGUAAUCAUCCACCAGUGUUUUAGGGAUUGUUACCAUAAAAUUUAAGAAAAGAAAAUGAAAUUUUGUCCGGAAUGGGACUCACCUUUUUGUACAUAUUUAGUAUAAUGCCCAGCUUGCAUUCACACAUGUAAUAUUAAUUUAUAAUUAUACUUGUAAUUGUUAUUUUUUUGUUCUAUAAAUAAAUAGAUUACAGCUCACACAUGUAGUAUUUUUUUUGGGCAGUUUGAGACCACUUUGUACACAGUUGGGCUGCUCAUAUAUACAGCCGGGUUUUAUUUUGAUGGAG